AUGGGUUUUGGUGAUCUAAAGAACAGAUCAGGCUUGGAAGCCUUGAAUACAUAUUUAGAACAUAACAGCUACAUCGAGGGGUACGUAUCAUGUCUUUGUUCACUAUCAAAUGCGUACAAGAAAGAGAAUAUGUUUCGUCCACGUGCAUUUGAGGUUAUAAGCUAUUUCUUCACGAGAAUUUAAUUUUUGUACAGUUCAAGAGGGAAGUAAGCUUAAGUUUAGAACCCAGACUUUAGAUCAACCUUAGCCUCUUACAUUCUUCAAUCUUGAAAUUUCACUAGAUGUUUUCAGGGAAUCACAGGGGAUCGAAUAGUCAACCUUCUUAUUAAAAAUUUUCUUUGCGUAUAACGUUGUACAUUCUUAAGAGUAUGGUACAAAUACGAGUUUGGUGAAGUUGUAAAUAAUUAUUAUGGUGCAAAAACCCUUUGCAAGCUUUAAAGAUUGUUCAUUCAUUUAUCUCUGAUGAAAUUAAAAAUGUGAAAUUUCAAAAUACUGCAUCCUUUGUUAAAACUAAUUAGUAGAGUAUUAAGUUUUACUUUUCUUAGUCUUGAGUAAUAUUAUUUAGUAAAAUCCAACUAGUGGUCUAUUAACAAUGCUGUGUCUGAUUGGUUGAGCUACUACUAGGCUAUAUGUUAUAGCCCCCUAGUAGCGAAAAGCGCAGGCUUUUGGGCGGCAAAAAAGGAUUAAAGUCUCGCUUUUAACUAGCUAAAAUUUUUUUAUUCUCAAUAUUUUUGACCAACUAGUUGGAUUUUACGAAAACAAUUAUUCCUCUCAACCUCAUGGCCUCUGAGUCAAUAGCCCAUUCAGCCUUCGGCCUCAUGGGCUAUUGACUCAGAGCCCAUUUGGGCUCGAGGAAUAUUUGUUAAAUAGAAAUUGGAUGAGGGUGAUAUAAAGCAUUAUGUAGAUCACAGAGGUGUUUUCGGCCCAGGUGGAUCACACCCUCUGAGAUCUGAAUAAUUAUUAUUCCUCAUUUCAUAUGAAAGGCAAAAUAAUUAUUGUUUUAUCAUUCAUUCAACAUGUUUCCAUACUCAUUAUGCUACCCUUUCCUCCAUGUUGAAUUUUUGAGUCAGCGCUAAAAAUAACGGUCGGUCAACAGACAAUGUCUGGCCAGAAUGGCCGGAGAUGGCAUUACAACUUAGAGAUGUCAUUACAACUUUAUAAAUUUUGUAGGGUGACGCAGGCAAAACUAUAUUCCCGUAUUGGGCAGAGUUGCGAAAGAGUAAGGCCAUCUUAAAUUUGAAGUUUAUAGUUUUUAUAUGUCACACAAUGCCAAGCUAAUAGUUAUCAUUAGCAUAAUCACAAAAUCCACUAGUUCUAGGCUUGGACACAAUUAAUUUUUUGCAGUACACUGCCUUACAACCAAUAGAGGGUUUUUUGUAUAUCCUCUAAAAGAAAAUCAGAUGAAGGGACGCUGACUUGUCAACCCUCUCAUAUGCUUUGUCAUUUCAGAUAUGUUCCAUCCCAAGGAGACACUGUAGUUUACGAAGCAUUAUCUGGGGUCCCACCCUCUGAUCUGCCACAUGCUCUACGAUGGUACAAUCACAUAACCUCGUUUGGUGAAGAGAAGGCAAAAUUUCCUGGUGUCAAAAAAGAUCUUCAAAGCUAUGGUGCUGGACCUGCAACAAAUGGCACAGCAAAGAAUGAUGAUGAUGACUUUGAUCUCUUUGGUUCUGAUUCUGAAGAGGUAUUUAUAGUAUUAUCUUUUAGGAACCUUAAAGGUGCUAUGUCACAAGGAUAAGGCUCUUUUUGGUCAAUUCUGUGCUGAACUCAUUACUUGGUACCUUAAGCUAAAUACAAAAUGUUCCUGUAGAGUUAUGAAGAAUCAAACAAAUUUCAUCCAUGAACACUAACCAUAAUAUUUUUUUGGUGAUUUUUUUUUUCCAAGAAUAGCAUUGAAACUUGAAAAAGUUGUCUCAAUUUUUUCAAGUUUCGCAUUUCAUAUCUUUCAAGUUUCAAUUCAUGCCAUAAUAUUUCCUUUUCAUAUUUUCCAUGAGGAAACACUUUCAAUGCCUAAAAUUUAGGCAUUGAAAGUGUUUUCUCAUGGAAAAUAUGAAAAGGAAAUAGGAAAUAAAUAGGAAUAAUAUAGUCUCAAAUCCCAGCAGGGAUUAUGGGUAAUAGAAGUCACAUGUUGUUUCAAAGCUGGAGCAGUUACAUUGUAACAUUACCAUCAAUCUUCUUUGUCGCUGCUGGUAUGCACAACUUUGUUGGCAGCCUCUUGAAAUGAGAGAUUUGGGUUUUUUUUAAAAGUGAGUCUACGUAUUUAGUAGCAGCAGCAAGUCACAGUAGACUGAAGAAUAUAAACAAUGCAACAAGUAGACAAUCCACAUUUUUACUAAUCAAAUGCAACUGCUAGGCAUCUGUUUAUUACUGAUUUUGUUGUCUAACUUGGAAAUAAACCCUACAGAUGCUCCAAAAACUGUUUGUAGCAUAACUUUUCGAGAACGUGUGAGAAAUCAGUUGUCAAGUCAUGAGAGUGUGCAAUAAGGCAUGAUUCACGUCAAAGCCUUGAGUAUUGCCAAGUCAGAAUGUCUGAAUAAUAUUUUUGAGUGGACCAUUGAAUUCCUUCUUUGCAAUGUAGGAAACUGAAGAGGACAGAAAGCGCAAAGAAGAAAGGGAACAAGCAUACAAAGCGAAAAAGGCUACAAGUAAGCUUUUACAAUCUGUUUCUGAUCUAGUGCUAAAUACUCCCUCCCAUGAUGUAUGUCAUUACAUGAAAUUUUCGUGACACAUUAAUUUCACGAAGUUGAAUUUUCGAUUAAUUUUGUACUUUGAAUCACUUUAAUUUCACAAUCUUUAGUAAGACACUAUUUAUUUAACUUUCCUGGAAUAACCCAUUAUUCCAAUUACAUGUUUCAACUGAUUUUAAAUUAAGUCCCUUUCUGUGAGAGCAAACAGUGUAAAGGUUGCACACAAAUAUUUUUUCAUUGAGGUAUCUGUGCUUUCAGGCUAGAUGUCAAUUUGUUUUUUUUUUACCGCUUCUGCAUGAUUGUAUAACCUUUUCAGAUAAUGUAAUGUCAUCCAAGUUAAUGCUUGUGUUUUAUUGGUCAAGUGAAUUUUAAGAAACAUUGACUGGUCCCCUGGGAACAGUUAAUUUUGUUUUGCAAGAAUAUGAGGCUCUACCUCUGGAAAUGGUGAGACUUUAGUGUUAGUUUUCCAUGGGGCCAGCCAUUAAGUGAUUUGUUUUUAGAGCCAAAGAUGAAAACAUCUACGUGUACAAAAUCAUGAAAUUGAUUCUCCUUGGUCAAUAUUUACAGUUUACAGAUCACUAUAGCUUGCGAACCCAGAUGUGUGAACUCAAAGUAACCAUUGAGAAACUGUGCUACUGGGGAAAAAUUCCAGCAAUAUAACAAUGAGGUGUAUAUAUUUAACUGUUUUUUUGUUGUUUUUUCAAUGUCUUUUUUACUUUAGAAAAAGCAGUCAUCGCCAAAUCCAGUCUCCUCAUUGAUGUUAAACCAUGGGAUGACGAGACAGGUACAGAAUUGUAAAAAUCAGUCACAACCCUCCGUGGUAUGCAGGGUAAUGUUGCAUGUCUUUCAGAAAGGCCUGGCACCAAUUGGAACGUUUUGGGGUAUAUUGAUAAGCUUGCAAAUAACAACCAUCUCUCCUGGGCCAUUUUACAGCUUUGUUUUGUUACAAACUUUCCUGCUUUUUAUGUGCAAAUUGUGGUAUUCUCAUGCUAACAAGCCUGUGAACAUGAUCAUUUACAUAUGAAAAACAAGGUCACCGCCCCUCACUUCUAUUCAAAGGCCAGGGCACUGAGCACACAACUGUAAUAUGCCUAUUGCAGAAGAACUCAAAACCUUUUGAAAACAGGAGAAACUUAGCAUCAAGCAAAUUUACUUUCGGAACUCCAUGACUACAAGACUAAUAUAAACAAUGUGAACUUUGAUUUGCGUCAUCAGUGUGGAAUUUAUGUUGUUGAGAUGGAGGCAGUCCUGGGGUGGGUACUCCCAUGAAUGGGUAGAUAGGUAUGUGCUGCUGGGGAGGGGAUGGUUUUUGAGGGCAUUACCCUCAUUAUAUCAUCUAGCUAUAAUUUAUGUGAGUCAAUGCCUAGCUACAAGAGAAACAAAUUACCCAUUUAAACUGAACUUUACAGUAGAGUAUUAGGAAAGCAAUUUAACCCAUUCUCCCCUGGAGAUUUUGCUAAAGGACCUGCUUUGAAGCUAGUCGAGUGGUUGUCUGGUCACUGUCGUGCUAUAAAGAGGCAAGAAAAGGGAAAAAAGGGGGGUGGAGAGAAGGUAAAAGUCAAGACUGCUGUGUCACUUUUAAACCCAAAAACUUGCUUUCUGUGCAUGCCCGAACUUUGCAAGCUAAUGUUUUGAUUCUGGAUCAGAAGGCUGCGAAGUGUACGACCUGCUAACAGCUUUGUGCUAAGUUUUAACUCUUUAUAGCACAUUAGUGACUAGAAAACCGCUUGACUAGCUUCAAAACUGUUUUUUUUUUGCCAAAAUCUCCAGGGGCGAAUGGGUUAAAUUGCUGUAUUUCCUUUAGAAUAACAGGCAAAGGGUUAGGAAGAUUUGUUUGUUCCCAUUUAAUUCUUAGUUUUUGUUUUUUCCUUGUAUUGGGUCUCGUAAAAUUAUUUCGGGUUUGGACCUCAAAAAGGGAGACAGUUUUAGUUUGUCUCAUCCUUAAUUAGGAUCAGGGUUUAAGACCCUGGGCAGCACACACCUAUCUGAAAUUUAUGAGAGCACCCCAUCCCUUGGAUGCUACCCUCCCAGGCAGACAUUUUUUGGCUCGUCACACGUGACUAAGCCCAGACAACGUCUGCAUGGGAGGUUACUUUCCGGCUAAUGUUCUAAAUAGCGACCAGCCAGGAGACACGGCUGUAUUUGCGGGCUAGGGUAUAUUUGCUGAGUGGAUGAGGCAAUUAACGUGAGCAGGUCAACCAACCUGCUUCUCUUACGUUUGCAUGGCCAAAGAUGCGUGUGUGUGUUCUUCCCAAAGGCUUGUCCUUCCUUAUAGUUUCAAUUCAAGGCAUGCUGUAGUGUGUGAUUAAAAUAUAGGAGAUAAAAAAAGGAAUGAUGUUGUUGCUUCUGAGGAUGGUAUCCGGGGAAUCCCCUGCUAAUCCAUACCAAAUGUAUGCACAGGCUACCCCAGUUUUAAAAAUUGAGCCUGAUAAUUCGCCUGAAGUACCUUGGGUAUCAUACGCUGUUCCCGGUUUCAUUCAAAUCUUUAUAGUGAGCCAAGCUGCGUGUGGCUUUCGGCCUUUGGCCAAAGAGGUAUCGGCCACAACUGAGGGGUUUACGGUCAAGUCGCCCGAAGUUCGCUGUUUUCAAAAUGGUUGUAAAUUCUAAAAUAGAUUGUUAACACUAUUUUUAAUUUUUGUAAAAUUUUUGUUUUUUAGAUAUGAAGGAAGUUGAGAGACUUGUUCGCACCAUUGAAGCUGAUGGCCUUGUAUGGGGUGCAUCCAAACUGGUACCUCUGGCAUAUGGCAUCAAAAAACUUCAGAUAAACUGUGUGAUCGAAGAUGACAAAAUCUCCACAGAUUUUCUGGAGGAAGAAAUAACAAAGUUUGAAGACCUCGUUCAAUCCAUGGAUAUCGCUGCCUUUAAUAAGAUCUAA